ACCUGUUGUGGGCAGUGAUGAUCGCCAUUCCUAUGGUCACCAGCUUGUACCUCUUGGUCAAUAUCAGUUACCUGCUGGUGCUUUCGCCCAGUGAGAUCCUCUCCUCUAAGGCGAUGGCUGUGGUCUGGGGGAAACAGGUUCUGGGGUCCUGGGCCUGGCUGAUGCCUGUAGCUGUUGCCCUUUCGACAUUUGGUUCCGUCAAUGGGACGUUCUUCAGUGGCAGUCGUGUGUGCUUCGCAGCUGCAAGAGAGGGCCAUAUGCCCCAUCUGCUGUCCAUGCUUCAUGUGUAUCACCUGACACCUGCUCCAGCCCUGAUGUUCACCGCAGUUGUGGCCUUGAUCUUGAUCAUCCCAGGAGAAUUCAGCACUAUAGUGAACCUCUUGAGCUUCAUAUCCUGGGUCAUCUAUGGAACCACCAUUAGCUGUCUCUUGUACUUGAGGAUAAAGACAAAGAGUCUUUCCCGAACUUACAAGGUUCCCACCGCCAUCCCUGUCAUCAUGCUUCUGGCUUCUCUAUUCCUGGUGCUGGCACCCAUCAUCGACCAUCCCCAGAUGGAGUUGCUGUACAUCUUCCUGUUCCUGCUCAGUGGUAUCCCGGUGUAUUUCCUGCUUAUCUACUUCCGGUGCCAGCCCAAGUGUUUGCAGGAGGCCACCUUGCAUCUCCAGCUGCUUUUUGAAGUUGCUCCGACCACAAAAGAUUGCUGA